AUGGCUAGCAUAUCGAUCCGCAAAUCCAUCCGCUGGCUGCCUGGCGAGGCGCAGGAGCCGACGUCGACGGUGGUGCUCACGAGUCCGUCGAGGCGGUUUGUGGACCUGCGCAUCAUCGUGAAGAAGCCCGCUGCGGGCGCCGCCGCCGCCGCCGACUCAGACGCAGAAUCAGAUGCGCCGGGUCUUCUUCCCCUCAGCCGGCUCGACUGGGCCAUCGCGGGGACAUCGUCGUCCUCGACAACAGAACGCGAAGACGGGAGAGGCGGGCAGGUCACAACGCACGGCAAGUGGCGACACUGGAUCGACUCGACGACGCGGGAGGCGGACGGCGUGGUGGACGAGGGCGACAUGAUCACGCAGCCGGACGGGACGACGCUCGAGACGGGGAGCAUGGUGAACCCGGCGACGGGGCUGGUGACCGCGUACGAAGAGGUCUGGGAGGAUGAGGAGCCUGUCGUGCCAUCGUUUUCCCGUGCGGGCAGUAGCACUUCGGCCAUAUCGCCGCCGUUGCUUUGCGUCGUCUUGGAAAUGGAUCAACAAGGGCAAGGGGGACAGGGCAUGGUGGUGCGGCUGGGGCGCUGGUGUCAGGGCUUUGUGCGCGCGGGGGAGGACAUUGCGCUGGAGAGGUGGCUGUGGAGCGAGGGGACGGGGGGAUGGCGGAGGGAAGCGAGGAUGGGGAAUUUGUUCGUUGCGUGUGAGGUUGCGUUGCAAGAGGGGCGUGAUUUCAAGGUCGGGGAGGCUGUUGGCGAGGAUGGUGCGUGGAAGGUUGUGGAAGUGGUUCAUGGGUCGAGAGCAUGA